AUGUACGAGGGCUGUCCAGAAAGCGCCAUCUUCACGGAAGACCAGAAGGACACCAGCACUGAGCUGGCGUUCAAGUACGCCGUGUACCGCAUCAACAAGGACAAGGAGCUGCUGCCCAACACGACGCUUGUGUACGACAUCCAGUACGUGCCGAGGGACGACAGCUUCAGGACCUCCAAGAAAGCCUGCAAGCAGCUGGAGCACGGCGUGCAGGCCAUCUUCGGACCGUCGGACCCGCUGCUGGGCGCCCACAUACAGUCCAUCUGCGAGGCACUCGACGUUCCGCACGUCGAGGCGCGUCUCGACUUCGAGCCCAGCUUCAAGGAGUUCUCCAUCAACCUGCACCCCUCGCAGGAGCACAUGAACCGCGCCUUCAAGGACCUCAUGGCCUUCCUCAACUGGACCAAGGUCGCCAUCAUCUACGAAGAAGACUACGCUGAUCUUGUCGGCACGAAAGGGCUGUUCAAGCUGCAGGACCUGGUCAAGUCGCCGCCGGUGGUCCGCACCGAGAUGUACAUCCGGCAGGCGACGCCCACCACCUACCGGCAGGUGCUGCGAGAGAUCCGCCAGAAGGAGAUCUACAAGCUCAUCGUCGACACCAACCCCAAACACAUGUACAAGUUCUUCAGAGCGAUUCUCCAGCUCCAAAUGAACGACUUCCGAUACCACUAUAUGUUCACCACAUUCGACAUGGAGACGUUCGACCUGGAGGACUUCAAGUACAACUCGGUGAACAUCACGGCGUUCCGGCUGGUGGCGGUGGAGGACGAGCGCGUGCGCGCGGCGCUGGAGCAGAUGUCGCGCUUCGCGCCCGUCGGGCCGUCCAUCCUGCACCGCACGGGCGUGCUGCAGGCGGAGCCGGCGCUGCUGCACGACGCCGUGCACGUGUUCGCCCGCGGGCUGGCCGCGCUCGACCGCAGCCACCAGCUGCGGCCCGCCAACCUCUCGUGCGAGCUCGAGCGCCCCUGGGACGACGGCCUCUCGCUCUACAACUACAUCAGCUCGGCGGGUCUGCACGGGCUGACGGGGCACAUCGAGUUCACGGAGGGGAAGCGCAGCAACUUCAAGCUGGACCUGCUGAAGCUGAAGCGCGAGCAGCUGCGCUCCGUCGGCUUCUGGAGCCCCGCAGGCGGCGUCAACAUCACCGACCCCAGCGCCUUCUACGAGACCAGCGUCAACAACAUCACCCUCGUCGUCAUGACCAGGGAGGAGAAGCCGUACGUGAUGGUGAAGGAGGACCACAACCUGACGGGCAACGCGCGCUACGAGGGCUUCUGCAUCGACCUGCUCAAGUGGAUCGCUGCCCAGGUCGGCUUCCACUACGCCAUCAAGCUCGUUCCCGACCACAUGUACGGCGUCUACGACCCGGACACCAGGGAGUGGAACGGCAUCGUGCGCGAGCUCAUGGAGAAGCGCGCUGACUUGGCCGUAGCAUCCAUGACCAUCAACUACGCCAGGGAGAGCGUCAUCGACUUCACGAAGCCAUUCAUGAACCUCGGCAUCGGCAUCCUGUUCAAGGUUUCGGAAAGCAUGCCGAGUCGCUUGUUCUCGUUCAUGAACCCGCUAGCGGUGGAGAUCUGGCUGUACGUGCUGGCGGCGUACGUGCUGGUCUCGCUCACCAUCUGGGUGGUGGCGCGCUUCUCGCCCUACGAGUGGUGCGUGCCGGCGUGCGCCUGCGCCGACUACCAGCACGCGACGGCCGCGCUGCUCGUCUUCCAGAACGACUUCACGCUCGCCAACAGCUUCUGGUUCACCAUCGGCACGCUCAUGCAGCAGGGCUCCGACCUCAACCCCAAGGCCACUUCCACGCGCAUCGUGGGCGGCAUCUGGUGGUUCUUCACGCUGAUCAUCAUCUCGUCGUACACGGCCAACCUGGCCGCCUUCCUCACCGUGGAGAGGAUGAUCACGCCCAUUGAGAACGCAGCGGACCUCGCCGAGCAGACGGAGAUCUCGUACGGCACGCUUGAAGGCGGCUCCACCAUGACCUUCUUCAGGGACUCUAAAAUCGGUAUUUAUCAGAAAAUGUGGCGGUUCAUGGAAAGCAAGCGGCCGUCAGUACUGGUGUCCACGUAUGAAGAGGGAGUGAAACGCGUACUGGAAGGCAACUACGCUUUCCUCAUGGAGUCCACCAUGUUGGAUUACGCCGUUCAACGUGACUGCAAUCUCACGCAGAUCGGAGGCCUCCUUGACUCGAAAGGUUACGGAAUUGCCACACCUAAAGGGUCACCUUGGAGAGACAAAAUAUCACUUGCCAUCCUGGAGUUGCAGGAGAAAGGUAUAAUCCAGAUUCUGUACGACAAAUGGUGGAAAAAUACCGGAGAUGUAUGUAACAGGGAUGACAAGAGCAAGGAAUCCAAAGCCAACGCGCUAGGGAUUGAGAAUAUAGGAGGCGUAUUCGUCGUCUUGCUAUGCGGAUUGGCACUUGCUAUCCUAGUAGCCAUCCUAGAAUUCUGCUGGAAUUCGAAAAAGAAUGCGCAGACUGAUAGACAAUCCCUGUGCUCGGAAAUGGCAGAGGAGCUGCGGUUUGCAGUCCGUUGCCACGGGUCACGGCAACGUCCAGCCUUGAAGCGCUCCUGUACGCGGUGUUCUCCAGGGACGACGUACGUUCCUGCGGCUCUGGAGAUGCCACACAUCAACGGGGAGACAGGGAUCCUGCCUAUGAUUGAAAUGAAGAAACCAUCCCUGAGUUAUGAUCCUGAUACCUAGCAGAAUGUUCAGAGUGGAUCACAUCUCACAGACACUUUGUGAUACCACUCAAGGGAUAAAAAACAAAGAAGCUGCUGUGAUAAUAAGUGAAAAUGUACAGUUCCCUGCUCAUUGUGGCACAUUUUUGACAUGAACUGAGUUCAAUUCAGAGAAGUGUCAGGUGUGUUUUCUGACUGAAGACUUAUAAGAACAAUAGUGCAGUGAAAAAUUGAGUACAGACUACAAUAAAUGGGUUGAAAGUCCCAUGGCCUAAGGUACUGUCUUUCGUGAAAUACAAAUAAAGUACUGUCAUGAUGUGCAGAAAACUUCCCAUCACUUCCAAUGGCAAAUGUCAUCCUCACAAAGGCAGAAAAACUAUUUUUAAUAUUAUAAUUCUGUGGUACCUACAACUCAAGCUCUGGGACUUAGAGUGAAUUAAGAAUUUUUAUUUUUAAAAAUGAAAUUAAAAGUACUUAAUUUCAGUGUCACUUGUGCCAAGAGUAAUUAAAAUGUGUCUAAUAAAACUACAAA